AUGAGCUUUGAUCCUAAUGAGUCUUCUUAUUUGCUAUCACGGCGCCCGUCGCAAACAAUUCUAGACAACCCUAUCGGUUCUUUUAAAGGACCCAACUCCUUGCACAACUUUGCCAGUUCAUUUACCCGUGCACAGUUUUUUAAUGCGUCAAAAAUUGAUAACAACAUUCACAAAAAGAGGUCUUUCUUUGUAGAUGGUCAGUCGUCACAGCGAGAUGGUGCUGAUUUUAAUGAAGAUGAAACAUUUGAUCCGGAGUAUAUGGUACCAUCGGUUCGAGGAGAGAGGUUAAGUUCAGUUGUGCAUGACUUGCACAAUAGAAACCAGCUUUUUAUGAACCAUCCCAGUAAUGAUUUAGACUCGGCAGUUAUGUCACCGAAUAAUGAGGUCUUUUAUCACGACGAUAUCAUCAAUUCCAUCAACGAUUCGAGGUCAAGACAGGGCUCUACCGUUGGUGUUGGUGGGAUCCCCAUUGGUGCAUCGAGGAAAAGAGCCCGGCUUCAACCUUCAUUUUCAAGUUUGAGAAGCUCUAUUUCAUUGGCAACUACUGCAUCGCAAGUAUUGUUGAAAAAGAUUGAAGAUGGAGAGGGAAACAUAGUUACCGUUUUAGCAGGCCAAUCAACCUCGCCGCAAACUAUUUUCAACUCGGUGAAUGUCUUGAUUGGAGUUGGUCUUUUGGCGUUACCUGUGGGGCUCAUGAAAGCAGGCUGGAUUUUAGGAAUUCCAAUCUUGCUUGCAUGUGGUUUAGUCACUUACUGGACAGCAAAGUUACUUUCCAAAGCAAUGGAUGUUGACAGCACCAUCAUGACGUAUGCUGACUUGGGCUAUGCAGCAUAUGGGUCAACAGCAAAAUUGAUUAUUUCGUUGCUCUUCUCAAUUGAUUUAAUGGGAGCAGGUGUAUCUCUCAUUAUUUUAUUCAGCGAUUCAUUAAGCGGAGUGUUUAGCGACAAUGACACCACAACAAAACUCAUUACAUUCUGCAUCUUGACACCGUUUACUUUCUUGCCACUAUCCAUUCUUUCCAUUUUUUCGUUAUUUGGGAUCAUGUCCACCAUUACCAUCACUAUUCUCGUCAUGGUUUGUGGCUUGAUUAAGCAAACUUCACCGGGCUCACUUGUUGAGAUCAUGCCGACAAACUUAUGGCCGACUUCGUUGCCCAACUUGUUGAUUGCCGUGGGUAUUCUUAUGGCACCAUUUGGUGGCCAUGCCAUCUUCCCCAACUUGAAAAGUGAUAUGCGACACCCUGAAAAAUUUACAAAGUCGCUCAAGUAUACCUAUGCUAUUACGUUGGCCACGGAUACUUCAAUGGCUGUGAUUGGGUUUCUCAUGUUUGGAGCCAAAUGCAGCAAUGAAAUAACAAACACACUUUUGGAUACCAAAGGCUAUCCAUCAUGGUGCUACCCUUUGAUAAGUGGAUUGAUUUGUAUCAUCCCCUUGGCCAAGACCCCUUUGAAUGCAAAGCCCAUUAUUUCGGCAUUGGAUGUAUUGUUGGGUGUAGCCAAUGCUGACGCGGCGGGCUCGUCACCUUCUACAUCAUCAUUUAUGGGCUCUAAGAUCGGUGGAUGGAUUACUACUACUACUAGAUUUCUUAUUAGAGUUGGUGUCAAUGCCAUAUUUGUUGGUUUGGCGAUUGUUUUUCCAGAGUUUGAGAAGAUUAUUGGCAUUCUUGGAGCUUCAAUUUGUUUUAUUAUUUGUAUCAUAUUACCAGGACUUUUCUAUUUACGAUUAUGUGGUAACAAGAUACCAUUUUGGGAAAGAACUGUUGUUAGUUUUGUAGUGUUGGUAUCGUGCAUUUUGGCUAUAUUGGCAUCGUGGGCAGUCAUUGUAUAUUGA